CCCCCCCGCCCCGCUCCGGGCGGUAUGUGGGGAGCAGGCCCGGGGUGGGCGGCCGAUGCGGAAAUGCUUCAAAGAACAUCAGAAGAUUUUUUUCCAAAGAUGGAAAGUUCAGUUGAAGAGAUGGAUACCUCAGAUACCCAGUGGGGCUGGUUUUAUUUGGCUGAGUGUGGUAAAUGGCAUAUGUUUCAGACCGAUUCAAACAGUCAUUGCUCUGUUAGCAGUGAAGAUAUUGAAAGGAGCUUCCGAACAAACCCACAUGGUUCUGUUUCUUUUACUACUGCAAAAUUUAACUACACGCUAGACUUUGCAGUGAUGAAACAAACCAACCUAACUACCCUUAAGCAACGUCCAAUAAAGAGAGCUCCCUUUUCUAUCAGUGCUUUCAGUUUCAUCUGUGAAAAUGAGGCUAUCCCUAUGCCUUCACACUGGGAGAAUGUAAAUACUGAGGAGCCAUACCAGCUUAUUCCAUUGCAAAAGAAAACAAAUGAAUAUAAUGAAGUUUCUAGUCUCUUUGGAAAAACAAUGGAUAGCCACCGAAUUAAAAGAAUUAAGAGAAUACAAAAUCUAGACUUGUGGGAGUUUUUUUGCAGGAAAAAAGCUCAACUAAAGAAGAAAAGAGGUGUCCUAACUAUUAAUGAGCAGAUGUUAUUUCAUGGCACCAGUAAUGAAUUUGUAGAAGCAAUAUGUAUUCAUAACUUUGACUGGAGAAUAAAUGGGAUGCAUGCUGCUGUAUAUGGAAAAGGGACCUAUUUUGCAAGAGAUGCAUCAUAUUCCAGUCGUUUCUGCAAAGAGGACAUGAAGCAUGGAGAUACUUUUCAAAUUCAUGGUGUGAAUCUGCAGCCUCAUCUGCAUAGACCAGAUAAAGUCAUGUUUCUUGCUCGUGUAUUAACUGGUGACUAUAUCAAUGGUGAUUCAAAAUACAUGAGGCCUCCUUCAAAAGAUGGAAGUUUUGUGAACUUAUAUGACAGCUGUGUGGAUAACACCUGGAACCCAAAGAUCUUUGUUAUCUUUGAUGCCAACCAAAUCUACCCUGAAUACUUAAUAGAAUUUUGUUAAGUUUGAAAAGAGCUGAACUGAGUAUUGUUUGUGUCUUUUUUUAUACUUUUGUUCCUUUUGUAAAGACAACAAUAUAAAAACAUGAAGUGUGAAAGGAGAGAGGUGAAAGAAAAGCUAGCAUAUGUUUAUGGAGCAGGGAAGCUGUUAAACAUUUAAGAGAGGUGGUCAAACUGUUUUUAAAAAUCUGUAAACUUUACUAAUGCAUUUUUCAAAUGUAGAGACUAUUAGAAAUUUGAAAUUGCUUAGUAAGCCUUAAAUACAUUGGGCAUUGGUAAGUUUUCAAAAGCAAGAUUUAUGUUCUGAUUUUUUUAAUAUAUUACAAGUAUUUAUUCAUGUGGUAGAAAUAUGGCUGUAAUAUAGUAUGCAUAUGAUGAAACUAAUCUUUUAUAAAGAUUGUCUGUAGAACAUAAAAAUAGCGAAAACAUCAGCAACAAAAAACCCCAGGGGACUUAGCUACAUAUGUGUGUAUGUCUGUGUUCUGUAGUACAUGUUGCUUGUGUUUGAAGGUCUCUUAGUUUGGAUUCUAAACCUACCAAAAAAAAAAAACCAAACCUCUGUCUGGAGAAAAGUGAUGAAGGAGCUAUGAAGUUCACCGAAGCCGUUAGGUUUAACUUCAGGUACAUUUUACUGUAAGCUUCAAUUAUAUACUUGCAAAGCUUUAAUCAUAUACUUGCAAGAUUACAAAACCCUUGCACUAGGAUCUGAACUUCAGUUUUGAUGGAAAUGAUGCCCAUAAGCUCUUGUGGUUGUUAAUUGUUUGGUAGCUAACUGUUGAGCUCAGUGUUGGGAUGUCAGCAGUUCUUCUGAGUUCUCUUGUUACAGUAUGCGUGUGCAUGCACUUACAUUCAUGCAGCUGUGUUGCUGAUUCUUGCCUGGUCAGGGUUUAAGAAGCACUCAUCGCUCGUGUACUUGCUGUUACAAAAGACAAUGUUUAGAUUAGCUGUACUGGAAAUAAUCCAGUUAAACUAACAAUGAAAAUUUCAAAAGAUGCCAUCCUUUAAUUUUUAAACACCUUAAUAGAAAGCUUUCAAUAACACUUGUGUAGAUCAGGUCUUCAUAACUGGUAUAGUUGUAAAGUUAGAGUAUUUUUCACAUGUAGAAAGAGCAAGAGACAAUAUUUGGGUAAAGAACAAACUCGAGUACCUAAAUACAUGAAGAGCCUGAAGAAGGGGCUGUUACAGUGAAAUGCACUGAAAUGUUAAACAAUUUGCUAUGAAAUUGUGUCCCAAGUGUUUUUCUUUGUUAAAGGACCUAAGGAGCACUAAGAGACAAGGUCUAAGUGGAAGCCUUUCCAGACUUCUUUGUUGGCUGUGACCAGUAACAAUUCCCUAGAGAAAUAGUAUAUAAUUAUGGCAGAUAUAGAAUGAUCUGUAUUGGUCUGUCAUGGAAUUGUUAAUGGACUUUUUGGGUCAAAGGCUGUGUUUAAAAUCUGUUGUAUUUAAAGGGCAUGACCAAGUCUGCUCAAAAUCAUAUUAAACCUUUGGAACUGGAAGCAGAAUAUCACUACAUAUCUGGCAUCAUAACUGAGGACGCAAACAUCUCCUCCUUAGUGCUAUUAUCUUUGCCUGUCAGUGGAUCUUGCACAAGUUGGGUGUCUGUUUGUAUUUAUAAUUUCAUGGCAGCUUUUCCUUUUGCUUCUGUUCGUGAACCAUUUAGGGCUAAGAUGCAUUUUCCUUUAUUUUAGAGCAACAGGAAGUAUGCUCUGUGAUCCCAGUUAGGAACUCUGGGUUCUACUGUUGUAGGUGUGAUUUGUGUUUGAUUCACUACUAUGCUAGCUGUGCAAAAGGCACAUUGUUCCCCACAUUGUACAGAAUAUUUAACAGCAAAUCAUCAGCAGGGAAUUUGUGUAUUACUGAGUCCUUUUUAUUCUUAUACUGUAUUCUACAGAACAUACAUUUUAUGAAACUAACAAAUACAUGUGCUGUUAUUCCUUUGA